CUGGGAGCUCCAGCUCAGAUCCUCAUCCCCAGCUCCUUACCUUCUCACCUCCAGCCCCCAGCACGACCCAGUACAUCUCAGAACACCCAAGCCCUGCCCUGCUCAGCCAUGCCGGUUCAGCACAGCCCAGCACAGUCUAACCUACCAACCCAGAUCACAAAGCACAACCCAACACAGCCCAACUACUACAGCCCCAGCUCCAACCCCCUGUGAGGGGGGCCUGGGUCACUGCAGAGCGAGGUUUACAACUCCUCCUAAUCUGCUGAGAGAUUGAUGGGCCCCCCUCAUCCCUCCCUCCUCCACCUCUUCCUCCUCCCCAACACAUGGAUUACUUUUAGCCUCUCUUUCUCUUACACUACUUACAAGAGUAAUGACACAGCUGUGACACUACAUACAGUAAUAAUAACAGUGGAAAAUGUGAGCAUCUUUCUCCUUGUUUGUGGAUGUCUGCAGAGAAAAAGGCAUGAGUGCUGGACGCCAUGGAUGUCUGUCUUCACACACACUGUUUUACUAGCACCAGAUUUAUGCCCCCCUUUAUUGUGCUUGCUGUUUGUUUGGUGAUUCUUGCGGCUGGCAGAGUUUGGGGAACAGAGAGAGUGAGAGAGAGAGCGAGUGUGUGUGUACAAGAAAUACUCUAUGGAUCUUCUUUAUUCAAAACAAAUGGUCCGACUCCCUCCCUCAGUGUGCGUGAAUCAGAUGGAGAUGCUAUGCUGCUAUUUAUUAACCGCUCUCAUCAGCCCUGUCCAGCGGAUCGACAAAAUAUGCUUGAGUGAUGAGUGCCAUCAAGUGUGUGUGUCAAAUCAAAUCAAAUGUUAUUGGUCACAUACACACAUUUAGUCUGAUGGCCUUGCGGGUGUAGCGAAAUGCUUGUUUUCCUAGCUCCAACAGUGCAGUAGUAUCUAACAAUUCACAACAAUACACACAAAUCUAAAAUUAAGAGAAUGGAAUUAAGAAAUAUAUAAAUAUUAGGACGAGCAAUGUCGGAGUGGCAUUGACUAAAAUACAGUAGAAUAGAAUACAGUAUAUACAUACAGUGGGGAGAACAAGUAUUUGAUACACUGCCGAUUUUGCAGGUUUUCCUACUCACAAAGCAUGUAGAGGUCUGUAAUUUUUAUCAUAGGUACGUACACCUCAACUGUGAGAGACGGAAUCUAAAACAAAAAUCCAGAAAAUCACAUUGUAUGAUUUUUAAGUAAUUAAUUUGCAUUUUAUUGCAUGACAUAAGUAUUUGAUACAUCAGAAAAGCAGAACUUAAUAUUUGGUACAGAAACCUUUGUUUGCAAUUACAGAGAUCAUACGUUUCCUGUAGGUCUUGACCAGGUUUGCGCACACACUGCAGCAGGGAUUUUGGCCCACUCCUCCAUACAGACCUUCUCCAGAUCCUUCAGGUUUCGGGGCUGUCGCUGGGCAAUACGGACUUUCAGCUCCCUCCAAAGAUUUUCUAUUGGGUUCAGGUCUGGAGACUGGCUAGGCCACUCCAGGACCUUGAGAUGCUUCUUAUGGAGCCACUCCUUAGUUGCCCUGGCUGUGUGUUUCGGGUCGUUGUCAUGCUGGAAGACCCAGCCACGACCCAUCUUCAAUGCUCUUACUGAGGGAAGGAGGUUGUUGGCCAAGAUCUUGCGAUACAUGGCCCCAUCCAUCCUCCCCUCAAUACAGUGCAGUCGUCCUGUCCCCUUUGCAGAAAAGCAUCCCCACAGAAUGAUGUUUCCACCUCAAUGCUUUACGGUUGGGAUGGUGUUCUUGGGGUUGUACUCAUCCUUCUUCUUCCUCCAAACAUGGCGAGUGGAGUUUAGACCAAAAAGCUCUAUUUUUGUCUCAUCAGACCACAUGACCUUCUCCCAUUCCUCCUCUGGAUCAUCCAGAUGGUCAUUGGCAAACUUCAGACGGGCCUGGACAUGCGCUGGCUUGAGCAGGGGGACCUUGUGUGCGCUGCAUGAUUUUAAUCCAUGACGGCGUAGUGUGUUACUAAUGGUUUUCUUUGAGACUGUGGUCCCAGCUCUCUUCAGGUCAUUGACCAGGUCCUGCCGUGUAGUUCUGGGCUGAUCCCUCACCUGCCUCAUGAUCAUUGAUGCCCCACGAGGUGAGAUCUUGCAUGGAGCCCCAGACCGAGGGUGAUUGACCGUCAUCUUGAACUUCCAUUUUCUAAUAAUUGCGCCAACAGUUGUUGCCUUCUCACCAAGCUGCUUGCCUAUUGUCCUGUAGCCCAUCCCAGCCUUGUGCAGGUCUAUUGAGUGUGUGGACAGGUGUCUUUUAUACAGGUAACGAGUUCAAACAGGUGCAGUUAAUACAGGUAAUGAGUGGAGAACAGGAGGGCUUCUUAAAGAAAAACUAACAGGUCUGUAAGAGCCGGAGUUCUUACUGGUUGGUAGGUGAUCAAAUACUUAUGUCAUGCAAUAAAAUGCUAAUUAAUUACUUAAAAAUUAUACAAUGUGAUUUUCUGGAUUUAUCUCUCACAGUUAAAGUGUACCUAUGAUAAAAAUUACAGACCUGUACAUGCUUUUUAAGUAGGAAAACCUGCAAAAUCGGCAGUGUAUCAUACUUGUUCUCCCCACUGAAUGAGAUGAGUAAAGCAGUAUGUAGACAAUAUUAAAGUGACUAGUGUUCCAUUAUUAAAGUGGCCAGUGACUCCAUGUCUAUGUAUAUAGGGCAGCAGCCUCUAAGGUGCAGGGUUGAGUAACCGGGUGGUAGCCGGCUAGUGAUGGCUUUUUAACAGUCUGAUGGCCUUGAGAUAGAAGCUGUUUUUCAGUCUCUCGGUCCCAGCUUUGAUGCACCUGUACUGACCUCGCCUUCUGGAUGAUAGCGGCGUGAACAGGCCGUGGCUCGGGUGUUUGAUGUCCUUGAUGAUCUUUUUGGCCUUCCUGUGACAUCGGGUGCUGUAGGUGUCCUGGAGGGCAGGCAGUGUGCCCCCGAUGAUGAGUUGGGCAGACCACACCACCCUCUGGAGAGCCCUGCGGUUGCGGGCGGUGCAGUUGCCGUACCAGGCGGUGAUACAGCCCGACAGGAUGCUCUCAAUUGUGCAUCUGUAAAAGUUUGUCAGUGAUGUGUACGCCGAGGAACGUUAAGCUUUCCACCUUCUCCACUGCGGUCCCAUCGAUGUGGAUAGGGCCGUGCUCCCUCUGCUGUUUCCUGAAGUCCACGUAUGCACGUUCGUGCUUGUGUGUGCACGUUUGUGUCUGUCAAUGCUUGCGUGGUAGUGUACAUUGAUGUGGGGGGAGUGUGUAGGGAUUUACACCCCAUACCUACCCUGCCAGGUCGUCUCUCAUGAACAAUGAGGCUAACUGAAGCCAGCUGGGCUCUUCAAGCAGCCAGCUAGCCAGUAGCCACACUGAUUUAUCAUGUUAGCCAAGCUAUAGGCUAGCCACACUGGGAAGCUAAUAGCUAUAGGUUAGCCAAAUGCUAGCCACGUUGAUUUAUAGAAUUAGCCACUCUGGCAAUGAUAGACCCGAGCUAAUGAUAAUUUAGCGUUGGCUUAACUUAAUAAAGUCUAUCUUCAGAGAGAGACAAUGGGUUUAAACUGUGAUAAAGAGGAACCACACACACACACACAUGCGCACUUGCUCUCUCCCUCUUUUUCACUCUGUCCCCCUCCUUUAUUCUCUCUCUCCCUUUAGAGUAGGGAGGGCUUCAGAGGGGGGAGGGGGAGACUUGGGAGAUGGGGGACUUCACAUGUUACCCUGCCGAUAAGCGUGUUGUGAGGAGAAGCAGACCUGUCUGCAGCAGUCAGAGCAGACAUAUUUAAUGCGUCUGAUGUAAUGGGGCUGAAUCAGCAGAUAGCUCCGCUGGGAGCCAUUAGCCCAAACGUGUAAUUAACCCCUUCCUUGCCCCAGGCCCCAGACCAGACCAGCCCAGUCCCCUCUGCAGUCCCAGCCAAGUCCCCCCUUCAGCCCCAAGUACUGCUCCAGGUGGAGAGGACACAGGGCAGGGGUGAAGGGAGGACCGAUUUGUUAUUUAAACUCUCCGUCUCUCUCUUUCGAUUUUCUCUUCGUCUCUUCCUUUCUAGGUAUCCCCCUUUCCCUUACCUCCAACCCGCCAAAAAAACUAAGGGGGAGAGUGGGCGAGGGAAGGAAAGAGAGAGAAGUUUGCCUCUCUGGCUGGUGCUAGUGAGGAUGGGGGUUUGAGGAGUUACCGCCUCCUUGCCUUUGAGAUCAGUUUUAAGUAUUUUUCCCUGCAGCUCGCUGUAACGCGUUACAGCAGUAGGGAGAAGCGGCAGGCUCACAACACCUGCCAAUCUUAAUGGCAAACGUAUGUGCAGUGAAAUGGAGGGAGGGAGAGAGCAAAUGUUCCUGAAAGAGGGUGGCAAGGUUGUCUGACUAGUCUGUUGUCUGUGUGUGUAAGAGAGAGAGGGCUUGUGUUUGAGUGAGUGACUGAGUUUAUCUUCUUGUGUGCUUACAAGUGUGUGUCUGUGUUCAAGUGUGUUUCUCUGUAUGUAUGCCUGUGUGUGUAGGUCAUUGCGUGCUGGAACCCAGAGCCUGUGGAACGUCGCUUGACGUUCCAAGCCAAAGGGGGAAGGGCCAAAGUGCUACUUUCACAAAGUCUAUUCUCCUCACCACAGUGCAGCUAGCACAUGAUCAUGUGAGGCUGAAGAGUGUGUGUGGGUGGGGGUGUGAAUCAGGUUAACACACCCAUGUUAACUCUCUAGACAGGUGUGUGUGUGUGUCCCUUACUCCUCUGAAUGAUCAUGUGUAUCAGAUUGGGUCACCUCCUGUGUGUGUGGUCAUUAGGAGGCUCUGUCUACAUUUCUGCUCCACAUGUGUAUACAUAGCAGUAUGUGUAUAGUGUUAUGAUGCAGUGGCUUGCGAAAGUAUUCACCCCCCUUGGCAUUUUUCCUAUUUUGUUGCCUUACAACCUGGAAUUAGGUUGUAUCAUUUGAUUUACACAACAUGCCUACCACUUUGAAGAUGCAAAAUAUUUUUUUGUGUGACACAAACAAGAAAUAAGAAGGAAAAAAAAGAACUUGAGCGUGCAUAACUAUUCACCAAAAGCCCCCCCCCCCCCCCAAAUCAAUACUUUCUAGAGCCACCUUUUGCAGCAAUUACAGCUGCAAGUCUCUUGGGGUAUGUCUCUAUAAGCUUGGCACAACUAGCCACUGGGAUUUUUGCCCAUUCUUCAAGGCAAAACUGCUCCAGAUCCUUCAAGUUGGAUGGGUUCCGCUGGUGUACAGCAAUCUUUAAGUCAUACCACAGAUUCUCAAUUGGAUUUUGGUCUGGGCUUUGACUAGGCCAUUCCAAGACAUUUAAAUGUUUCCCCUUAAACCACUCAAGUGUUGCUUUAGCAGUAUGCUUAGGGUCAUUGUCCUGCUGGAAGGUGAACCUCCGUCCCAGUCUCAAAUCUCUGGAAGACUGAAACAGGUUUCCCUCAAGAAUUUCCCUGUAUUUAGUGCCAUCCAUCAUUCCUUCAAUUCUGACCUGUUUCCCAGUCCCUGCCGAUGAAAAACAUCCCCACAGCAUGAUGCUGCCACCACCAUGCUUCACAGUGGGGAUGGUGUUCUCGGGGUGAUGAGAGGUGUUGGAUUUGCGCCAGACAUAGCAUUUUCCUUGAUGGCCAAAAAGCUCAAUUUUAGUCUCAUCUGACCAGAGUACCUACUUCCAUAUACCUUUUGGCUAAAACCAAACGUGUUUGCUUAUUCUUUUCUUUAAGCAAUGGCUUUUUUCUGGCCACUCUUCUGUAAAGCCCAGCUCUGUGGAGUGUACAGCUUAAAGUGGUCCUAUGGACAGAUACUCCCAUCUCAUUUAUUUAACUAAUUAUGUGACUUCUGAAGGUAAUUGGUUGCACCAGAUCUUAUUUAGGGGCUUCAUAGCGAAGGGGUGAAUACAUAUGUACGCACCACUUUUCCGUUAUUUAUUUUUUAGAAUUUUUUGAAUCAAGUGAUUUUUUUCAUUCAACUUCACCAAUUUAGACUAUUUUGUGUAUGUCCAUUACAUGAAAUGCAAAUAAAAUCCAUUUAAAUUACAGGUUGUAAUGCAACAAAAUAGGACAAACGCCAAGGGGGAUGAAUACUUUUGCAAGGCACUGUAUGCAGCAGUGUGUGUAUAGUGCUGUGCAGCAGUGUGUGUAUAGUUCAUAGUGUGUAUGGUGUGUAGUGUUAUGAUGCAGUGUGUGUAUGGUGUAUAGUGUUAUGCAGCAGUGUGUGUGUGGUUUAUAGUGUUAUGCUGCAGUGUGCUGUCUGUGUGUAUGAGCUCAUUGUAAGAGUCAGGGGUCUCUCCCUCUCCCUCUCUCUCUCUCUCUCUCUCUCCUCCCCCCUCUCUCUCCCCCAAACCUCAUCAGAGCUCCACGUCAUGUCUGUCACCUUCCCUCUGGCCACAAAGCUGCCCAUUAUAGACAGGGCUCCAUGACCAGAGCAGACCCUUACCAGCACCCCUCCACCCUUCUCCUGCUGCUCCCCCCUCUCUCUCCCUCCCCUGUUUCCAGUGUGAUUGUGAAUAUCCCCUAGCUAGUCCAGUGUUCUCCUGGAGAGAGCAGAGUGGUUGGAGCAGGGCCAGGAUCAUCCCUUUUGGCUCCAAUAAAACUAGUCAGCAAAUCUGCUGCUGACUGAUCCACCUCCAUCGCCCCUCUCAUCCCCUUUCAGCCCUUAUAUCCCUCCUCUCAUCCUUCUCUCCCCUUCACUCGCUCCUCUCUUCCCUCUUUCUCCCCCUCUAUCACUCAUCUCCCAAUGGCUGAAGCUCUAUUUGUCUGGCUGAAGCUCUCUGUGGUUGUCUAUGGCGGAAGCUCUGUGGUUGUCUAUGGCGGAAGCUCUCUAUGGUUGUCUAUGGCAGAAGCUCUCUAUGGUUAUCUAUGGCGGAAGCACUCUAUGGUUGUCAAUGGCAGAAGCGCUCUAUGGUUGUCAAUGGCAGAAGCACUCUAUGGUUGUCUAUGGCGGAAGCGCUCUAUGGUUGAAGCUCUCUUUGGUUGUGUACGGCUGAAGCUCUCUAUGACUGAAGCUCUCUUUGGUUGUCUAUGGCUGCAGGUCUCUAUGGUUGUCUAUAGCUGAGGCCUUCCUGACACUGAACUGUGGUUGAGAGCAGAGAGCCCUGGAGUGGAGCCCUGUGGCCCAGAGGUGAACCAGCACUGCUCCAGUAGAAUGGGUAGAAUGAGAAGGGGGUAGAAAGAGGUAGAGUAACCUCUUCUCUCAGGAGAGCUGCAGGACACCCCCCAGUGUCCCAUACUCACUCACUGCCUGACACAGAGAGCCUGGGGAUUUUCACCUUUUAGACACACACACACACACACACACAUACAUACAUACACGCACGCACGCAUACACACACACGCACACAAACACGCACGCACAUACACACACUGCACUCACAAACUGUGCAUACAUUACAUUUACACACCCCACCAUAUGUCUUAUACACAUUUAAAUCUACACCCGUGUUCUCUCUUUCUCACACACAUACACACACAAACGUACACUUGCUGCAGCAGGAGUCAAAUGGCCCAAUGUGUUAAAAGCAUUAGGUAAGCACAAGUCUAAAAGUGCUUCUCGGGCCGAUAUCAAGUGUCCUGCUUCAUUACAGUGUGGUGUAUACAUUCAGCUGCAUCUCUGACCCCCUCCUCUCCCCCCUCCUCCCCCUCUUCUCCCCCAGGGGAGCUCUAAAAUGGAGCGGCUUGGAUGUUUGCUGAAGAAUAGAUGGGGUAUUAUUAUUUUAAGCGUGUAUGCUCUCGUUGGCGGUGGAGCCUGUCCAAUCAUAGUGCUGAUGUUUGGAGGAAAGGUAUAUAAAAGCACACUUCAAAGCCCUGCAGCGGCCUUAAUGCGGCCGGACCCUGUUUAUCUUUGUGGUACACACGCAUAUGCACACGCACACCGAAAAAUAAGGAAAGUCAUUUCUAUCGCAGGAUUUAUGAGGAAGGAGGGAGAGCGCGGUAGAGGUAAAAGAGGGGAGGGCGUGCAGAAAUGAAAGAAAACGCCACUUUUGAUAUGAGUUUAACAAGAAAUAUUUUGUCCAUAUUGGUAAAGAGUAUAUUUUUUUUCUUUGGCUAUUUUGGGUCCUGAAACAGUAUUACAGGGGAGGAAGCUGACCAAGGAAAUCUUCUGUUUUGACGUGGCCGCUGGCAGUUCUGACAGAGAGAGAGACAGACAGACAGACAGACUGAUCAAACAGAGUGGGCUCCAACCUGCCGGCUGAGACCGUAUACAAAGCCACACCUCAGCACAUGAAGACAACACAGACCUUUUCUGUGCAGCACAGCACUUGGCGUCCCAUACAGUCUCUAACAAGCAGCGCUAGGGUAAUGUUAGCAUUAGCGGUUUCUCCCUCUGUAAGCAGCCUCAGCCCUGCCAGCCACCUGCACACAGGAAAGAGCUGAGGCAUAGAGGUCAGGGGUCACAGACUAGACCAGAGGAGAGAGGUGAGACUGAAAAAAGGGAUGGCUGAUAAAGCUGGUGAGCCCUGCCAGCCACCUGCAAACUGAAACUGGCUGAGGCAAAGGGGUCAGGGGUUAAAGGUCACCAAGAGAAGGUCAUCACUGUCUUUGGCUGCCCAUGGAGGAAUGUAUUUUUAAUGUAGACUGUGGACAGAGAGAGGAGAGAGGGAAGGGGUGAAAGGAGUAAAAGAGAGACAGAGGGGGACUAGAUAGGGGUACAGAGACAGGAUAGUGAGGGGUAAAAAGAGAGAGGGUGGAGAAUGAGAGAGAGUUGAGAAAGUAGGGUAAAGAGCGAAGGACGAGACAGUGGGGAAGCAGGAGAGUUCCCUUUCACACUAGAGUCCUGGUUCUUGUGUACCUAACUGUUUAAGUGUGGCAUUGCUAAUCUGGCCUCUCCAUUAGUUAAACCCCAAAUAGCAUCCCAACAGGUUGAAAAAACACAACUGCAAGCCCAAACUAUCUCAACUCAAUCAUAAGCGUUCUGACAGGCUGGAUUUCUAAACCAGAAGCCCAAUAACAGAAUAGGCUUUGUGUGAUACUCUGCAGAAUGCUGAGAGAGAGGAGAGAGGGAGCAGUGAGAGAAGAAAAGAGAGCAAAGGGAUAUCUUGGAGAGAGAGAGCGGGGGGAGGGAGUGUUUUUCUAGUGGCUUUAGUGAGUAACGUCCUGUGUUGUCGUGGUGGUGUGGUGUGUUCCAAACGGCAGGCUGGGGAGUUGGAAGGAGCUGCAGCCUCUUCUCAGCUGUCUCGAUGGGUGUCACUGACUCCCACCGACACACCAGAAAAACCUCCACUACACCCCCAACACACACACACACACACAUACACACACACACACACACACACACACACACACACACACACACACACACACACAGCAACCCCCCACCACCUCCCUCCCUUAAAAAAGAAAAGUAAAAUAGAAUUUUAAAAAGAAAGGAGAAGGUUUGGGUAAUCACUCUUUGGCUCUUGGUUGUGUGCUCAUGCGACCCUAUCCCCCCCUAUAACUCUGGCUGGUUGUAAUAGAUGAGGAUAGCAGAGUGCAUGUUUAUGAGCGCUGGACUUGGCAGGCCUGAGCGCUCCUUCAGUGUCUCACAGUUCAUCACAGCUCAGUGACUGGGCCCUGACUCAACCCGUGUCUUUUACACACAGUUUACAUGGGGGGGCUGUCAUGCACCCAACCAAACCCCCCACUACCCCCAUACUGCACCUAUCCCUGUUCACCCCCACCCCUCUCUCUAUCCCUAACCACCCUGGCUUACUGUACCCCUACCUCUUUUACCCCUUUAUGGCUGCACAGUAUCUGUCUUAUUGUUUGAAAUUGUGCAUUGAUUAAGUACAGUACUACCAAAUACCCUUUUUGUUUUGCCAACAAUCUCUCUCUGUCUUUCUCUCUCGCUUUCUCUUUGUCUUUCUCUCACUUUCUCUCUUUGUCUCUCUCUCUCUCUCUAGUGGUCCUAUGCGUUGGAGAAGCCUAACACGGGCAGUGUGUUCAGCCUGGCCUGGUCGGCAGACGGCACACAGCUCGCGGGGGCUUGUGGGAACGGACACGUCAUCUUCGCCCACGUGGUGGAGCAGCGCUGGGAGUGGAGGAGCUUCGAGAUCACCCUCACCAAGAGGAGGACCAUGCAGGUAGAACACACACACAGAUCACCCUCACCAAGAGGAGGACCAUGCAGGUAGAACACACACACAGAUCACCCUCACCAAGAGGAGGACCAUGCAGGUGUUUCAGGGCAGGUUCCUUAUGCCAUAUGCUUGGUUAACCCUCCAGAAAAAGUCUUAAUCUUUACUUCACUUAAGAAGCCAAACAGUCCCCGAGCCUAAAUGAAUUAAUGAGACAGCUAACUGAGGGUGAAUGGGCUGGUGUGAGAGGCAGACGCUAGUGAGGUGAAGUUAACAGGCUAUUUAAAGGGCCAGACUAUUCCCCAGGCCUGGGUACUUGUGGCCAUACAUUAUGUUAUAAGCCUCCCAGUGUGGACCAGUGACAAUGGCCAGCCUGUGUAGCAGCCUCCGUCACAGAGUGUGUUUAAACUUCAGAAACCACAAGGUAGCGUUUACACGCAGUCGACACCCCCCCCCCCCCCCCCCGCGCGCGCACACAGAAACGGACACACACACGUGGAUAAACGCAUACGCACACACACACGUGCACACUCGCCAUAGACAACCCUCACUGAGCACUGUUUGCGUUAACCAAACAAACCUGUGUCUUCAGCUGUUUAUUUUCAGGGUUUUUUCUCUCCCCUCUCGUUCUGCCUCACUCUCCCUCUCUUUUUUAAAAGUGCACAUCUGCCAAUGGUUUGUGAAUCAAGCGGCUAAAUUUACCACUUCGCGGUUAAGCAUUUUUAUUCCUGGUUGUUUGGUGAGUAAAUUUGGGUUGUUAGUGGGGGUUAAAGAAGGAUGAUGUUUAAAGCCUUAAAUAAAUACCUACCACACCUUUUACCUGCUGGUGGAAAACCAUAUUUCAUUCAUUCAUUCAUUCAUUCAUUCAUUGAUUCACAGGGAAAUGUGGAAGAAAAUGUUUAUCCUAACAGGUGAAAAAGUAGAAACACACACACAUACGUAUAGACACCAGGCAUUUCUGUCCACUGCUGUCCUAUGCUUAGACAUGGGCUGAUUCCUUGUAUAUAUCAACAGUAAAUACACUCUUGAGUUUACGUGAGUGCAUCCAUGCCUACUAUACAUCGAUGAGUGUCUCAGAAAAUAUGUCCUGUGUGUAUAUGCUAUAGUCUGUUUGUUACAAUUAGUUUGUUAGUAUUUCAAAUUAUUUGUGACUCAAUGUCUGUAUGUGUUUAUGUAUGUCAAGAUUUGUGCUACGUGUGCAUGUUUGUGUGUAUGUCUGUGUGUGUGUUCCUAAACACACCCUCUUUCUCUAUCCAUCACCCAGGUGAGGAACGUGGUGGAUGAUGCGGUGGAUGUUCUGGAGUUCAGGGACCGGGUCAUCAAAGCCUCUCUGGCCAACGGUCACCUGGUGGUCACCACCUCUCUCCAGUGCUACGUCUACAGUGCUAAGAACUGGAACACCCCUCUCAUCUUUGACCUGAAGGAGGGGACCGUCAGCCUCAUUGUACAGGCUGAGAAGUAAGUCUCUCUUUAUCCUUCUUUCUCUAUCUAGUGAUGUCCCUCCUCCCUCUCUUAGUCUUUCCCGUCUCGUCUAUCCCUGUUGCGCCUAUCUCUGGACCCCCUCUCCUUUUCUUUCCCUCCCCCUCUCUCUCCUGCCAAACACGCUGUGUGUGUGUGCGCGCGCGUCUGUGUGUGUGUUUGCGUUUGUGAGAACUGUGUGUGAAUGUGUGCCAUUAGCAGAGAAGGUCUGGCUGUGGAAGCCUGACUGCAGUAGGGAACAGAGAGAUGGACAUCUAUCAUUCUCUCUAAUGGGUCGUUCCACCUCACAAAGCACAAGAAAGAGGAUUUCGACUCCUACCAUCUCAGAUUGUUCUGAAAUUGUUUCUGUUGUUAGAAACAGAUAAGAUGCAACAUUAUUUUGUUGAAAUAUAAUUUGAUCUCUGAGAAAUUAAGAUAAUUGAUUGCACCCAAAUUGGCUGUUUUAAUUUAUAGGAUUCAUAUCAUAUCAAAUAAAUAUAGUACCUAACAUCCGAUUUGGACCAAACUUUUUUCUAACAAUGAGUUAGACAUGAGGAAUCCAAAGAAAUGGUCAAAAGCCACACACGGACCCCCACACCCCAUUCCAAUCCCACCCCAACAACGACUAUAUAGUAUCAGUUCUGUAUGUCUGACAAGUAGUAUGGAGCUGCGGCUCAGAGUAUUGUUUCUUCAUGCUAUGUAAUGUAUUCCCAGUGAAUUUGGCGGUAUUUUCUUUCCCUUUUCAGAGAAAUUAGUCAUUGAGUUUUGUAAUAUCUUGGCUCCAUCUUGCAGUUUGUUAUGCUCUCCCUCUCCUCUCCUCUCUACCAUUCCCACUCUCCUCUUUGUUGCUCCCUCCUGCCUCUAUCGCUCCUUCUCUCCUCUCCAUCUCUCUGUCCCUUGCUUUCUAUCACUCCCCCUCUAAUCUUUCUCUCCCCUUCUCUUUAUUUUGGCUCCUCCCUCAGACACUUCCUGUUGGUGGAUGGGACAGGGGUUUAUGUGUUCUCCUACGAGGGACGUCUCAUCUCCACGCCCAGAUUCCCCGGCAUGAGAACGGACAUCCUCAACGCCCAGUCAGUCUCCCUUAGCAACGACACCAUCGCCAUCCGGGACAAGAGCGAUGAGAAGGGUGAGUGGAACGUCCCUUCACUACCACAAUACAAUUAUUGUGGUACAAUACUUUAUUGUCCACACAGCGGGGAGAGAUUUGCCUUUGGCUUCUUCGCUCAAUGACAUUUACAGCCGUUAAACACAUUGAAACAUCAGGAGCACUUUGUCAACAAGAGGAUUACACUUCACCAGGGGAUAAAAAGCUGGAGAAAUGACUUUAGCAGGACUGGAACAAUGAAGUUUGUAAUCAUUAUCCCGCUCCCCCCCCCCCCCCCCCCCCCCUCUUAUUUUCCUCCAGUCAUCUUUUUGUUUGAUGCCCUGACGGGGAAAGCCCUGGGCGACGGGAAGCCCCUGACUCACAAGGUGGGUGAUUCACCAACUAACACACACCAACAGUUAGUCACAACACACACUACACUCUCCUGUUAGUGUGCACACACUGACCUGAGAAGACUGUGUAUAUCUUCACAUGUCUACGUCUUAAUCCGUACUGUUACAUUAAGCAACCUUUUAGGAUUGGGGGAGGGUAAGCUGAUCCUAGAUCUGUGCCUCAGGGUAGCUGUGGGACAGUGUGAGUAAGUGUGGUGGGUUUCAGUGCCCCCAACAGGCCAGGGUGAAAAGGUCAGGGAGCCAUGGGGAGAAGGCAGAGAGAAGGUGUUGAGGAAAAAAUAAGAAACUUGAUAGUUAAGAGGGAGACAUACAGAUUGUGAGGAAAUUGGAGUGCAUGUGUGUGAGAAAGAGAUGGAGAAUGGAGAGAAAGGGGGAGGGUUAUGGAGUGAAAGGGAUAAAGAGAGAGGGAGUGAAUUAGAGAGGGAGAAAAGGAGGUGAAGUAGCCAGGAACAGUAGUUACUGUUUGUCAGCAUGGCUGUGUCUGCCAGCACUCCACAGCUCCAAGACAGAGGAGCACUGCACUGAAGCCAGCUGGCUCUGACACACACACACACACACACAGUCACACACACGCACAUACACUCCUGUUGGGGAGUAUGGGCCAGGAGCUGUGGGGUCAGACUGCUGGCACCCCCUUCCUCUCUCUUGCCUCCCCCAUUUCUCCCUCCUGUCUACUCUCUCCCUCUUACCUCUUUCCUCCACCUCUUCCCUCUGAGUUGAGUAUCUUCCCUCUGAUCUGGGCACAAUUGUUCCCUCCUAGUCCUCCUGUGGCUGUGUACUCAGGGCUGUACUGGGGACUAGAGAGUGUAGAGAGGACAGAAGUGGGCUUGUGAUAUGGGUGAUCAUGUGUUGAAAAGAGAUGUGUACCAAAAUACAAUAUUGUAAGUGUAUGUGUUAUGGGGACUGGUUGGGUUUGACACUGGUGGUUCAGUUAGCCCUGUUAAUGUGAACCAGGUCUCUCCCACACAACUUUCUGCCUCUCAUUUCACUGUGUGUGUGUGUGUGUGUGUGUGUAUGCAUGUGUAUGUGUUUUCCAGAUGGAGGUGGUGGAGAUAGCUCUGGACCAGUGUGGCCCGUCCAGCGAGAGGAAGAUCGCGGUCAUAGACAAGAACCGUGACCUGUACCUGACCGCUGUCCGCCGCCACAACAGAGAACACAACAUCUGCAAGAUAGGUAGGAGAGAGGGAAGGAGAUAGAUUUCAAACUGCUUUGUGUUGUUAAGCACCUAAAGCAUACCAGAUAGAUAACAUCAUCUUUCUUACCACAACCCACAUGUACUAUGGUCUACACACCAUGUGGUAGAGGUUAGCUGUUUGUGUGGAUAGUUAGUUAUUCUGAGUGUUGUUAAUAAGAGUGUGUUGUUGGUCUCUAUCCUGCUCUACAGGUACUAUGGUCCACACUAUGGCCUGGAACGACUCAGCUAACAUCCUGUGUGGUAUUCAGGACACACAGUUCACCGUGUGGCACUAUCCCAGUGCUGUCUUCACUGACAAGGACCUGCUGCCUAAAACACUCUACAUGAAGGAUGCCAGGUAACAUGUGCACGCAAACACACACACACACACGUGUGCACACAGAAAACAGUUCCCCAUUAUCGGAAGUAAAAGGUAAUGCAUCAUCUUCAUCUCAAAUAUUUUCAUGUUGUAUAAAAGCCGUUGAUUAAUCAAUGAAGAUAUUCCUGAGUGGCUGCCCUUAGGCUAGGUGGCUGUCUGUACAGAAUGUAUUUUUAUAUCUGUCUGUCCAUCUGUCCCCCUCCACAGUGAGUUUAGCCGUGCGCCCCAUAUCCUGAACUAUGUGGGGACCCAAGUGACUGUGCGUCGCGGUGACGGCUCGUUGGUGUACAGCAGCGUGUCUCCCUACCCUGGCCUACUGCACGAGUACAGCGCCUCCUCUCGCUGGGAGGACGCACUGCGCCUCUGCCGCUUUGCCAAGGUAACACACACACCUGACAGGAGUUACAACUGAAAGGGGACUUUCCCUGGUGAAUCCCUGGUCCGAUACAGAAUGAGUCUGACCUGUAUAGCACAUAGCACACAUCAUAUUCAACUCUAAAUACUGUACAAAACACAUCUUAAAAAACUCUUUACAUUAUGUUGAAAAUAGAAUAAUAAAUAAAUAGAAUAUGCCAGUGUUAAGUAAUGUGUAACACCAGGCCUGCUGUCUCCCUGGCCCUACCUCUACCCUACCCAGGAGAGGGGGCUGCUCUGUGCCCUGAGCUCUGAGCCCCUUUCUUAAAGCCAGUUAUUUAGGAUAAAUGGUGUAAUUAGCGGCCUGUAAUUGCUAGCACAUUGUGGGUUGCAGCAGAGCAGAGCAGGGCCAGAGGGACCAGAUAACCAGAGCCCGGGCCCCAGGGGAAACACUCAGCCCGAGAGGGGCCACGGGCUGUGGGGCCACAGGUCUGGGUCCUGGGGGGUUGGUGAUAGGGGGGUCAAGGGCCUGAGGGAAUAGUGAAUGGGAUUCCUCCAGGGUUCUAGUGUUCUGAUAGACCUUAUGGGUUCCCCCCACUAUAGCGUGGGAACAACAGGCAGCGUGGGAACUCACUGUCACUCUUUUGCAGUGGGGUGUGCAUGUGUCUCAAUGUCCUGUCUCAGUGUCAGUGUGUCAAAUUACUGUACUCAUGUCUGUCUGGUUGUCUCGUCUGUCCGAUUGUUUUAUGUCUUUGUCCAUGAUGUUCCUCUCCUGUGUUGGUGUCUCACACCCCCUCACUGAGUCUCUGUGUGCUAGACCUCUGAGGAAGAGGUGAGUCUCUCUCUCUCUCAUUCAUUUACAUCUUUCCACGUUCCCUUUUACCCCUGUCCUCGUCUUUGUCAUUCUCCUCAUGUCCUCAUUUUAGUUCCUUCUCCUCCUCCUCUUCCUCCUAUCCCUUCCUUUAGUUCAGGUUUCUCUCCUCAUCUGCUAACUGCCCUGUGGUACUCCACCAUAGACAGUACAGCAUGGACCAUAUACACACAUGAAGAUAUUGACUGGAUACUUCAAGAAAACCUAGUCCUUCAGUGUGUGUUUGUUGGUUGGGGUUGAUGUCUGUGUGUGUGCUGUGCAUGAGUGUGUGUGUGCCCACUGCCCAUGUGUGUUUACUUUCUGGUUGGUGUGUGUUUGUCUGUAGGAGGGUGUAUGUGUUUGUAAAUGACGUGUCCUGCAGCCCUGGGCCUUGGCAUGGUGAAGGGUCCAUGACGGAGCCACUGGAGUGGAGCUUUAAUGAGACACGACCAGCAGCUUUUAAUUAGUUUCUAAUUAGCCUGGGUGACACCAUUUACCGUAUUUAACCUCCCCAACACACACACACACACACACGCAGCCAACCCCUGAACCCAAACCCCAGUGAGAGCCUUCACAGUGUGCGCUGCAUGGGUUAUGAUGCAAUAACCACAACCCUGGAGCAGGAUGGCUAGAGGGGACAGGGGAGGGGAGAGGGGGGUGAAGUGGGUAUAUGCAAUGCCUUCAGAAAGUAUUCAUACCCCUUGACUUAUUCCACAUUUUGUUGUGUUACAUCCUGAAUUCAAAAUGGAUUAAAUUAUUUUCUCACCUAUCUACACACAAUAUCCCAUAAUGACAAAGUAUUUUUUGGUGUGCACAUUUAUUGAAAAUGAAAUGCAUAAAUAUCUCAUUUACAUAAAUAUUCACACCCCUGAGUUAAUACAUGUUAGAAUCAUCUUUGGCUGCGAUUACAGCUGUGAGUCUUUCUGGGUACGUCUCUAAGAGCUUUGCACACCUGGAUUGUACAAUAUUUUAAAAUUAUUCUUUUUAAAAUUCUUCAAGUUCUGUCAAGUUGGUUGUUGAUCAUUGCUAGACAGCCAUUUUCAAGUUUUGCCAUAGAUUUUCAAGCCGAUUUAAGUAAAAACACUUAACAGGAACAUUGUUUUUCUUGGUAAGCAACUCCAGUGUAUAUUUUCCCUGGUUUUAGGUUAUUGUCCUGCUGAAAGGUGAAUUUGUCUCCCAGUGUCUGUUGGAAAGCAGACGGAACCAGGUUUUCCUCUAGGAUUUUGCCUGUGCUUAGCUCUAUUGCGUUUAUUUUUAUCCUUAAAAAACUCUCUAGUCCUUGCCGAUGACAAGCAUACCCAUAACAUGAUGCAGCCACCACCAUGCUUAGAAAUAUGAGGAGUGGUACUCAGUGAUGUUGUGUUGAAUUUGCCCCAAACAAUGCUUUGUAUUCAGAACAGUAAGUUAAUUUCUUUGCCACAUUUUUUGCAGUUUUACUUUAGUACCUUGUUGCAAACAGGAUGCAUGUUUUGGCAUAUUUUUAUUAUGUACAGGCUUCCUUCUUUUCACUCUGUCAAUUAGGUUGGUAAUGUGGAGUAAGUAAACUCAACAAAAAAAGAAACGUCCCUUUUUCAGGACCCUGUCUUUCAAAGAUAAUUCAUAAAAAUCAAAAUAACUUCACAGAUCUUCAUUGUAAAGGGUUUAAACACUGUUUCCAAUGCUUGUUCAAUGAACCAUAAACAAUUAAUGAACAUGCACCUGUGGAAUGGUCGUUAAGACACUAACAGCUUACAGACGGUAGGCAAUUAAGGUCACAGUUAUGAAAACUUAGGACACUGAAGAGGCCUUUCUACUGACUCUGAAAAACACCAAAAGAAAGAUGCCCAGGAUCCCUGCUCAUCUGAGUGAACGUGCCUUAGGCAAUAAAUUGCAAUGUCCGUACUGUGAGACGCCUAAGACAGCGCUACAGGGAGACAGGACGGACAGCUGAUCGUCCUCGCAGUGGCAGACCACGUGUAACAACAUCUGCACAGGAUCGGUACAUCCGAACAUCACACCUGCGGGACAGGUACAGGAUGGCAACAACAACUGCCCGAGUUACACCAGGAACCAGGGUCCGUCAUGGUCUGGAACGGUGGGUCACAGCAUCAUCGGACUGAGCUUGUUGUCAUUGCAGGCAAUCUCAACGCUGUGCGUUACAGGGAAGACGUCCUCCUCCCUCAUGUGGUACCCUUCCUGCAGGCUCAUCCUGACAUGACCCGCCAGCACGACAAUGCCACCAGCCGUACUGCUCGUUCUGUGCGUGAUUUCCUGCAAGACAGGAAUGUCAGUGUUCUGCCAUGGCCAGCGAAGAGCCCUGAUCUUAAUCCCAUUGAGCACGUCUGGGACCUGUGAGGGCUAGGGCCAUUCCCCCCAGAAAUGUCUGGGAACUUGCAGGUGCCUUGAUGGAAGAGUGGGGUAACAUCUCACAGCAAGAACUGGCAAAUCUGGUGCAGUCCAUGAGGAGGAGAUGUACUGCAGUACUUAAUGCAGCUGGUGGCCACACCAGAUACUGACUGUUACUUUUUAUUUUGACCCCCCUUUGUUCAGGGACACAUUAUUCCAUUUCUGUUAGUCACAUGUCUGUGGAACUUGUUCAGUUUAUGUCUCAGUUGUUGAAUCUUGUUAUGUUCAUACAAAUAUUUACACGUUAAGUUUGCUGAAAAUAAACGAAGUUGACAGUGAGAGGACGUUUCUUUUUUUGCUGAGUUUACAAUGUUGUUGAUCCAUCCUCAGUUUUCUCCUAUCACAACCAUUCAACUCUGUAACUGUUUUAAAGUCACCAUUGGCCUCAUGGUGAAAUCCCUGAGCGGUGUCCUUCCUCUCCGGCAACUGAGUUAGGAAGGACACCUGUGUCUUUUGUAGUGGCUGGGUAUAUUGAUACAUCAUCCAAAGUGUAAUGAAUACCUUCACCAUGCUCAAAUGGAUAUUCAAUGUCUGCUUUUGUUUAUUUUUACCCAAUAGGUGCCCUUCUUUGCGAGGCAUUGGAAAAACAUCCUUGGUCUUUGUGGUUGAAUCUGUGUUUGAAAUUCACUGCUUGACUGAGGGACCUUACAGAUAAUUGUAUGUGUGGGGUACAAAGACGAGGUAGUAAUUCAGAAAUCAUGUUAAAAACUAUUAUUGCACACAGUCCAUGCAACUUAUUAUGUGACUUUUAAGCACAUUUUUACUCUUGUACUUAUUUAGGCUUACCAUAACAAAGGGGUUGAAUACUAAUUGGGUCAAGACAUUUCAGCUUUUAAUUUUUUUUUUUAAUUCUUAAAAAUGUCUAAAAACAUAAUUCCACUUUGACAUUAUGGGGUAUUGUGUGUGGGCCAGUGACACAAAAUCUCAAUUAAAUCAAUUUUAAAUUCAGGUUGUAACAAAACAAAAUGUGGAAAAAGUCAAGGGGUGUGAAUACUUCCUGAAGGCACUGUAUGAAAGAAGGAGCGUCACCACUUUUAAUAGUCACCCCUCCUUCUUCCUCCUAUUUCUGGUAAGGGUUUGGUCUUUCGUGGCCGUGUGGUGUGGUUUUUCCCGGAGUGGGAGGAGUGUUGUGGGGAAGUCCUGUUAGCCAGGUAUGGAGGAUUAGCCCCUUGUGGAUACUUUCAUGGCACUGAAUUGUUGUUAACAGACACAAGCACACACGCGUAAAGAGCAUGCACACAUGCUUAAACACACACACAUGCUGAUAGGCCUGUACACAAACAACCAUACUGUACACAGUCACACAAACAUGGGCAGCCCAGCAGUGUGACUAAAUCUCCAGGCAGGCUCUAACAGUGAGCCAACACCACAAUGGACCACAUCGCUCCUCUGAUUGGAGGAAACUGGCCCAUCUCUCUCUGACCAGCAUUUAGUGGCUUUAGCAAAGGAUGAUUUUGUUGUUGUUGUCUUCACGGUUUUAUGGCCAAUGUUGUUUGUCUUAAUGAAGGAUUCAGAUGAGAUGAGGAUUUUGUUCUGGGCUUUGCUUUCAACGAUACUGUUGAGUGGCAUAGUUUGAGUGUGACUGUAAGAGUGAAUGGGAGUAACAUUACGUCUGCAUGUUUGUCCAAGUACGUCUGUGUGUCCUGCAUGAGUAUGAUAUCAGACUCACACACGGAAGUCAGAUUACAGGGUGUGUGUGUGUGUGUGUGUGUGAGAGAGAGAUGUAUGAUCUUUGUGUAUACUGUGCCCUGCAGAGUGACACUAACGAGGCCUGUAUUGUGAGGAUGAGCAGACUGGGAGUGGGAAGAGUGCCCCUGUAGAGACACCAGUGUAAUGGCCCUCCCGUUCCUCUAAUAACACACACAGCCCUCCUCUCUCUGUGCCCUGUCCCUUUAAUGACCCAGGGGAGCAGGGCUAAACUAGCCCCCCUGUGCAGGGCCUGUGGUCAGGGCUGGGCCACGCGCUACGCCCCGGCGCCACCACCAGCCUGUCAGGCUGAGCAGCAGUUCCAUCCCCCAUAUACCCUCAUACCCCUGCUCCCUGUCCCCUGGCACUCAUGCCUGCUCCCUAUCCUGUGUGUGUGUGUGUGUGUGCGCCUGUUUAUUUAUGCUAAGACAAUGUGUGUAUGGCGAAUUUCAUUUCCUAUUUGCCUAAUGUCUGUCGCCGUUCCUAUAGGACCAGUCGCUGUGGGCGUGUCUCGCUGGCAUGGCAAUGGCCAAUAGGGAGUUGACGACAGCAGAGGUGGCCUACGCUGCCAUUGGAGAGGUAAGACCAUCCAUCAAACACUAAAAUCUCACUCUUUCCUUUUCUCCUCCACUGUAGCUCAGUUGGUAGAGCAUGGCGCUUGCAACGCCAGGGUUGUGGGUUUGUUUCCCACGGGGGGCCAGUAUGAAAAUGUAUGCACUCACUAAGUCGCUCUGGAUAAGAGCGUCUCCUAAAUGACUAAAAUGUAAAUGUAAAUGUCAUUCUGUUUUCCUAUAUUUCUCUCCCCUCUCUCGCUCUCUCCAGGUGGAUAAGGUGCAGUAUAUUAACUCUAUCAAGGAUCUGCCGUCUAAGGAAUCUUCAGUGGCCCACAUGUUACUGUUCAGUGGUCAUGUCCAGGAGGCUGAGGUCACUCUGCUACAGGCUGGCCUGGUCUACCAAGCCAUACAGGUCCACAUCAACCUCUACAACUGGGACAGGUGUGGGUGUGUCUGGUUGUCUCUAAAUGUCUGUCUGUCUGUCUCUGAAUGUCUGAAUGACUGUCUGUCUCUGAAUGUGUGACUGAAUGUCUGUCUGUCUCUGAAUGUCUGUCUGACAUUUCUUUCUCUGUCUGUCUAUGUAUACAUACAUAUGCGUCUGUGAAUGAGACUGAACGCUUCAUGUGUCCUCAGGGCGUUGGAGCUGGCAGUAAAACAUAAGACCCAUGUGGACACAGUGCUGGCCUACAGACUCAAGUUCCUGCAGGACUUUAGCAAGAAAGAGACCAACAAGAGGUUCAUGCAGUACGCUGAAGGGGUAGGAUAUGUCAUUGCUUUUGACUGUCAUACAGUGCGUUCGGAAAGUAUUCAGACUCCUUGACUUUUUCCACAUUUUGUUACAUUACAGCCUUAUUCUAAAAUGUAUAAAAUUGUUACUCAGUCCUUUGUUGAAGCACCUUUGGCAGCAAUUACAGCCUCAAGUCUUCUUCGGUAUGACGCUACAAGCUUGGCACACCUAUAUUUGGGGAGUUUCUCCCAUUCUUCUCAGCAGAUCCUCUCAAGCUCUGUCAGGUUGGAUGGGGAGCGUUGCUGCACAGCUAUUUUCAGGUCUCUCCAGAGAUGUUCGAUCGGGUUCAAGUCCGGGCUCUGGCUGGGCCACUCAAGGACAUUCAGAGACUUGUCCCGAAGCCACUCCUGCGUUGUCUUGGCUGUGUGCUUAGGGUCGUUGUCCUGUUGGAAGGUGAACCUUCACCCCAGUCUGAGGUCCUGAGCGCACUGGAGCAGGUUUUCAUCAAGGCUCUCUCUGUACUUUGCUCCGUUCAUCUUUCCCUCGAUCCUGACUAGUCACCUAGUCCCUGUUGCUGAAAAACAUCCCCACAGCAUGAUGCUGCCACCACCAUGCUUCACCAUAGGGAUGGUGCCAGGUUUCCUCCAGACGUGACACUUGGCAUUCAGGCCAAAGAGUUCAAUCUUGGUUUCAUCAGACCAGAGAAUCUUGUUUCUCAUGGUCUGAGAGUCUUUGGUAUCUUUUGGCAAACUCCAAGCGGGCUGUCAUGUGGAUUUUACUGAGGAGUGGCUUCCGUCUGGCCACUCUACCAUAAAGGCGUGAUUGGUGGAGUGCUGCAGAGAUGGUUGUCCUUCUGGAAGGUUCUCCCAUCUUCACAGAGGAACUCUAGAGCUCUGUCAGAGUGACCAUUGUGUUCUUGGUCACCUCCCUGACAAAGGACCUUCUCCCCUGAUUGCUCAGUUUGGCUGGGCGGCCAGCUCUAGGAAGAGUCUUGGUAGUUCCAAACUUUUUCCAUUUAAGAAUGAUGGAGGCCACUGUGUUCUUGGGGACCUUCAAUGCUGCAGAAAUGUUUGUGCCUCAACACAAUCCUGUCUCGGAGCUCUACGGACAAUUCCUUCGACCUCAUGGCUUGGUUUUUGCUCUGACAUGUACUGUCAACUGUGGGACCUUAUAUAGACAGGUGUUUGCCUUUCCAAAUCAUGUCCAAUCAAUUGAAUUUACCACAGGUGGACUCCAAUCAAGUUGUAGCAACAUCUCAAGGAUGAUAAAUGGAAACAGGAUGCAGCUGAGCUCAAUUUCGAGUCUCAUAGCAAAGGGUCUGAAUACUUAUGUAAAUAAGGUAUUUCAGUUUAUUUGUAAUACAUUUACAAAAAAUCUAAAAACCUGUUAUCGCUUUGUCAUAUGGGAUAUUAUGUGUAGAUUGCUGAGGAAAAUGUUUUAUUUAAUCCAUUUUAGAAUAAGGCUGUAACUUAACAAAAUGUGGAAAAAAUCAAGGGGUCUGAACACUUUCCGAAGGCAGUGACCACUGACCAACUGUAGUAGUAAAGACUUCUUCUCUUCGAAACCAGACAGUAUUGCUACAAGAGGCAAUGUGCCAUUUCUAUCAUACUAUGCCCCAUUAGACUGACCCACUCCUCUAAUUUCUCUCUCCCCCUCUCUCUCUCCAUCAGGUGGAGGUGGACUGGGAGAAGAUCCAGGCGAAGGUAGAGAUGGAGCUGGUUAAGGAGAGAGAGAAGGCUGCCACCACCUCUGUCAGGAGCAGCCUGGCCUCCCGACGCUGA